AUGUCCUGCACGUUCGAGUACGAGACACUGCAAAUUCCAAAUCUCAGGAGAAACAUGGAAGAUGAGCUCGUGAACUACUUGUCACCGGAGAAACAACGAUUCCAACAUCUUCCCCGAUCGAGAAAGGAAUCGCCCGUCUUGGGGAAUCAAUUCAAAGCAACAGCCAGGUGGAAUGCUAUUCUGAAAGAGUUUCGUGAGACGAUUCCUCUUCGAAAUCAUCGCCAUUUCAUCAAGAACAUCGAGAAGUCUUUUCUGGCCAAUGAAGCGGUGAAGGUGAUGGAGGAUAUUCUGCCAAAGCAUUGCCCGGAAAAGACUGUGACUAGAACAAAUUGUGUGGCUCUUCUACAGAAAUAUCUAGAUGAUGGCGUGUUGAUAGCGGUGAAAGCGGCCAGUAAAUUUGAAGACAACUCGGCUCUUUACAGAUUGGGUGAAAAUGCGGCUGGAAUGGCAUCAGGUGAGGAAUUGAAGCAAAAUGAGGCCCGAACACCGAAAUUGAUCAAGAGAAGCAUCUCCUUUAGUGAAAGACCAAAGAUUAGAACCACCUCCAAAUCGCCGACAAGGGGAAGACAAACGUCACGGCCAAAUCUCGUCAACAAUCAACCCGUUGCACUAACAAAUUAUAAAAGACGUGAGUCCACGUGGUCGGAAAAGAUUGCAAUUUCACAGAGAGAAUCUAACGGGACUCCAAUUUGUCGCCCAGCUGAUGAACAAACCGCGCAGGGAGAUCACGUUUCAAAGGCUGACAUGCCAAAAAGGACAAUGGUGCAUCGCUAUCGGCCCUCAUCCUUCAGUCACAAAUUCAAAGAUAACAAGGAUUCUUGUGAAAGCAACAAUGGCAUCGAUGUUUUAUUUACCUCUCGUCAAAGAGCCGCCUCUGAGUCUCCAAAUGAAAAGACACGAAAACGGGAAGGUGAAAGAGCACGACCAAAAACUAGGGACCAUUCAAAGGCAAAGAUCAUUUGGAGGGAUUGUUUAGUGAAUCGGCUAAGAAGAUUGAUGGAUGUUGAAAAUCUUCCUUUCGAUCUCGACUUAUCACCAAAGAAUAUUCAAUGGAAUUCGAUUAGGAUCGACAAAGCGGGUUGCUCAAUGCCAAAACUUCCUGGAGCGGAAAUCUUUGCGGAAAACAUCGUGAAGAAAGCGGUCUACUUGGAGGAAUUCCCUUUCACGAAUAGUCGCUCGGGAAGUGUGAUCACAGUUUAUGAAAGACAUGAGAUUGAUGUCUUUUAUACGUUGUGCGAUCGUUUGCGUCAAGAUUCUCAUCCACCGAUUGACGAUUCGUUUGCCCAUGCGAUUCUACGAAUCUUUGAAUUUUUCAUUAAUAAAGCGGAUCGAGAUGAGAAAAUUAAACGAGCCGAGCUGGAUUUCAAGGCGAUCGAGUUGAAGAUGUCCCAGACUUUCAUGGAAGAUGGGGAAAAUGUCGAUCCACAAAGGAGAUUCAAUCAUGGAAAUGGUGACAUUCCAUUUGUUGAUGCCACGCCAUUAUAUCGGAGAAUUAACGCGGAAAGUCAAUAUCUUUCACCAAAUGUUAACAAUCUUCCUGGGUAUAUGCCUAAAACAACAACAUCGUCGGGUAAAUCAGCUCCACUAUGUCGAAUCUCGAUGAACCUCGAUUCAAGUGAUAAUUCGGAAGAAAAUGAGAAAACCUUUUUGUCGUGCAAAACGUAUGCAUCAAGAAGCUUUGGGUUUAAUGAGAUUCCAAAGAAAUAUUUACGACAAAUGAGCGAGUCAAUUUCCCUGCUGUUGUUGUCGAUGAACCCCGAUGACCGCCGAAGACUUCACUGGCUGAUCACGACGAUGAAUCGAGUCUCCGCUAAUCAUUGCCUCACGUUGGCGCAAGAUCGUCAGAAUAAAAAUGUGGUUCUCGAACACAUGUCUUCACUUGUUGUGAAUACCGAAUCGGAAAACGAGCUCAUCUCUCCAUCAGAUGCCUUGAAUAUUGUUCGCUUUUUAAUUGAAAAUUCAAAGACAAUUUUCUUUCCACCACAAACUUUCGUCGAAGAGGUACAGCUAACGAUACAAAAUCGAAGCUUCGAAGCGUCUUCUAACACAAAAACUCCGAGGAAAGAGGCGAUUUACUGCGAUCGACUUGUGUAUUGCGAUUCGACGAGCAGCAUUGACGAGGAUAACACGGAGAUGGAGUUGCUGAAAAUGCUGGACUUUGUGCUGAGCGGCGAUUUGAGCGAGGAAAAGAAGUACAAGUAUUUGAAACGGUUCGAGACCCAAUACCCGUCGAUUUUCGCGCGAAAGUUCGGCGACGAGCGGGAUGUGAAUGUAAUUUUGGGAAUUGCUCCGAGGCGCUCGCGAUCGGUGAUUCGACGAAUUUUUGGGAAA